UGUAUUUGUUUUUUUAUUGAUAUUUUUUUGUGAAGAUGAGCCAAGUGUAAUCUGCCAAUGUGAUAGUGUUCAAAAUUCUGUAUUGAAUUUUUUAACAAAUAUUUUUCUCACAUCUGCUACUUAUAUAUUUAUGUUUACAUUUUCCGAUGUGUGGUAUCAAUUAAUAAAUAAUAUACUUUACGAAUCUACUGACACGGAACAGCAAGAACAUAGCAUUCUUCUAUGUCAAUGGAUAAUAAAAGCUACAAGUAUUUUAGGAAUUUUAUACUCGUGUAUAAAUUACAUCCGUUUAUUCCAAACAAUGCAUAUAGCUAUAAGUUCAAAGUUAGCAUCAUUGUUUUGUUUUAUGUUUCUUGUCUAUAUAUUGGAUAACAAACCAUCGGGAAAACUCAGUAUAUAUUAUCCGAGCUUGGCUACAUUUAUUGGAUUGUCGCUAUCCUGGAGUACACAAAUCCUUCUUUUAUGUUUAGGAGCAAAAAUUUUGUCACCUUAUUCAUCAUUAUCAACUGUCGUCAUAAUAAUUAUAAUGGAAAAAGCAUGGAAUAGUGCAAUCAAUCUUUAUAUACAUAUACUGGAUAUUAAAAAAAAUAAUUUAAGAGUGUUAAUGUGGCCUAAAUUAAUGGUUUUAAGUGAACUAAUGAGUAUAAUUUGUUUUUAUUAUGUAACACAAAAAAGAAAAAAUGUCAGCCUAUCAAGAGUGAGAUCAUUUUAAUUUUGAAAAAAUAUUUAAUGUAAUUCAUAAACUAAAUAUUUUUAUUAAGAAUCUCAAUU